UUCUCUUUUUAACAUUCAAGUCCUCCGGGAAAGAGGCGACGCAGAUUAUAAACCAACCACCGAGAGCUUCUCCGCCGCCUGAUCUCGAUCACAAACUUCGAUUUCGAAUGGCUUCUUCAAGUCUCGGGAGCUCAAUCCCCGCGCCAGAGGCUGUUCAGCUUCUGGUGUCUUCUCUAGCUGAUGAUUCCUCUGUGGUGAGAGAAGCUUCCAUGGCUUCAUUGAGAGACAUUGCCUCACUGAAUCCGCUUCUGGUGCUAGAUUGUUGCUAUGCUGUGUCACGUGGAGGAAGAAGGCGGUUUGGUAACAUGGCUGGGGUUUUUCAAGUGAUGGCAUUCAGUGUUGGUGCGUUGGAGACAGGGGAGAGUGAUGAAGCUUUCAUGGGGAAGCUUGCUAAGAUUGCUACAGCUGAGAUUAUAUCUUCCAAGGAACUAAAUGCUGAUUGGCAAAGGCAAGCGUCAGGGCUCCUUGUCUCAAUUGGAACACAUUUUCCUGAUCUUAUGAUGGAAGAAUUAUUUCUUCAUCUGUCUGGUCCGGCUUCAGCUUCGCCUGCUAUGGUUCAAAUUCUUGCUGAUUUUGCCUCUUCUGAUGCUUUGCAGUUCACUCCACGCCUUAAAGAUGUACUUUCAAGGGUGUUGCCUAUUCUUGGGAAUGUUCGAGAUGUACACCGACCAAUAUUUGCAAAUGCAUUUAAGUGCUGGUCUCAGGCAGUGUGGCUAUACAUCACCGAUCUUACCUCAGAUUCUCCUCUUGACAGCGAUGUCAUGUCUUUUCUAAAUUCAGUUUUUGAGCUGUUGUUGAGAGUUUGGACAACUUCCCGAGAUCAUAAGGUACGAGUAUCUACUGUAGAGGCUCUGGGUCAGAUGGUCGGUCUUAUCACGCGGACACAACUGAAGUCAGCAUUACCAAGGCUUAUUCCAGCAAUACUUGAAUUGUAUAAGAAAGAUCAUGACGAUGCUCUUUUGGCGACAUGUAGUCUUUACAACCUAUUAAAUGCCUCAUUACUUUCUGAAUCUGGUCCUCCGCUGCUUGAGUUCGAGGACCUUACAAUUGUUCUGUCGACACUUCUUCCUGUGAUCAGUAUAAAUAGUGAAAACAAAAGGCACUCAGGUAGUUCAGUGGGACGAAAGGCAUACAAUGAAGUGCAGCGGUGUUUUCUGACUGUUGGCUUGGUUUACCCCGAGGAUUUGUUUACAUUUCUUCUUAAUAAAUGCAAGUUGAAAGAAGACCAUUUGACUUUUGGUGCCCUCUGUGUCUUGAAACAUCUGCUUCCGAGGUUACUUGAAGCUUGGCACUCAAAACGGCCUCUUUUGAUUGAGGCUGCAAGGUCUUUGUUAGAUGAGCAAAGUUUAGCUGUUCGAAAAGCUCUUUCAGAGUUGAUCGUGGUCAUGGCUUCACAUUGCUAUCUGGUCGGUCCAUCUGGGGAAUUAUUUGUUGAAUACCUUGUACGCCAUUCUGCAAUAGGAGAGAUUGAUAAUCUGAAGGCAAAAGGGGAGCCAAUUAGUCCAACACAGCUAAGAGCAGUUUGUGGAAAAGGUCUUCUGCUCUUGACCGUUACAAUCCCAGAGAUGGAGUACAUUCUUUGGCCUUUCCUACUGAAAAUGAUUGUCCCUAAGGUUUACACUGGCGCUGUUGCAACAGUCUGUAGAUGCAUAUCUGAAUUGUGUCGUCGUAGAUCUUCAACCACCCCCAUGUUGAUUGAGUGUAAAGCUCGUGCUGAUAUUCCAAGCCCCGAGGAGUUAUUUACCCGUUUGGUGGUUCUUUUACACAACCCUCUGGCAAAAGAGCAGUUAGCAACCCAAAUUUUGACGGUCCUUAACUAUUUGUCCCCUCUUUUUCCAAAGAACAUAAGCAUGUUUUGGCAAGAUGAGAUUCCAAAAAUGAAGGCAUAUGUUUAUGACACGGAAGAUCUGAAGCUUGAUCCAUCUUACCAGGAAAACUGGGAUGACAUGAUAAUCAAUUUUUUAGCAGAAUCACUGGAUGUCACUCACGAUGCUGACUGGGUUAUAUCUCUUGGAAAUGCUUUUGCAAAACAAUACAAUCUUUAUACUCCGGAUGAUGACCAUGCAGCACUUCUACACCGAUGUAUGGGAAUACUUCUCCAGAAAGUUAAUGAUAGAGCAUAUGUUCGUGACAAGAUUGACUGGAUGUACGAACAGGCUGACAUUUCUAUACCUGCAAAUAGACUUGGUUUAGCGAAGGCCAUGGGGCUGGUCGCUGCUUCUCAUUUGGACACUGUACUGGAAAAGCUCAAAGUCAUUUUGGAUAAUGUUGGACAGAGUAUUUUCCAAAGGAUCUUAUCUCUCUUCUCUGAGAGCUAUAAAACAGAAGACAGUGAUGAUAUACAUGCUGCUUUGGCUUUGAUGUAUGGAUAUGCUGCGAAAUAUGCCCCCUCAUCGGUUAUUGAGGCCAGAAUAGAUGCACUUGUCGGCACGAAUAUGCUUUCACGGCUUCUUCAUGUGCGACAGCAAACAGCAAAACAAGCUGUUAUAACUGCUAUUGAUUUGUUAGGUCGUGCUGUCAUAAAUGCUUCCGAGAGUGGUGCUACAUUUCCAUUGAAAAGAAGAGAUAUGAUGCUUGAUUAUGUAUUGACAUUGAUGGGGCGAGAUGAAAAUGAAGGUUUUGCAGAAUCUAGUCUUGAACUUUUACACACUCAGGCACUUGCUCUAAAUGCCUGCACAACCCUGGUCUCUGUUGAACCGAAGCUGACCGUUGAAACUCGAAAUCGAGUCAUGAAGGCUACGUUGGGAUUCUUUGCUCUGCCUAAUGAUCCAUCAGAUGUCAUAGGUCCCCUUAUAGACAAUCUUGUGUCUCUUUUGUGUGCCAUCCUCCUUACAAGUGGAGAGGAUGGCAGAAGUCGAGCUGAGCAGCUUCUGCAUCUGCUUAGACAGCUUGAUCAAUAUGUUUCUUCGCCCGUUGACUACCAAAGAAAAAGAGGUUGUAUGGCAGUUCAUGAGAUGCUUCUGAAGUUUCGUAAGCUUUGCGUUGCUGGCUACUGUGCUCUUGGUUGUUCCGGUGAUUGCCCACACAGAAAGUAUGUAGACCGCAGUAUGCAGGGGAAUUUUUCAAAUCUACCAUCGGUAUUUUUAUUUCCUGACCGCGAGGUAUUGUGUUUGGGAGAUAGAGUCAUAACCUAUCUGCCACGCUGUGCUGACACAAAUUCUGAAGUUCGGAAAAUUUCUGCACAGAUUCUUGACCAGUUCUUCAGCAUUUCUCUUUCCCUUCCAAAAGCAGCACUCUCAAGUGGGUUGGAUUCUGAAGAAUCUUAUAAAGCCUUGUCUUCCCUUGAGGAUGUCAUUGCCAUUUUGAAAAGUGAUGCCUCUAUUGAUCCAUCGGAAGUUUUUAACAGAAUCGUCUCAUCCAUUUGUGCUCUUUUAACGGUGGAUGAGCUCGUAGCAGCCUUGCACAGUUGCACUCCGGCCAUCUGUGACAAAAUCAGGCAAUCUGCGGAGGGAGCCAUUCAAGCGGUUACUGAGUUUGUUUCAAGAAGAGGGAGUCAGCUUAAUGACAAUGAUAUUUCAAGGACGACUCAGUCCUUGCUCUCGGCAGCAGUUCAUAUAACUGAGAAGAGUUUACGUGUUGAAGCUAUUGGAGCGAUCUCUGCACUGGCAGAGAACACACAAUCAUCGAUAGUGUUUAGUGAAGUGUUGGCUACUGCUGGAAAGGACAUCGUGACAAAGGACAUAACUAGGAUGCGUGGUGGCUGGCCAAUGCAAGAUGCAUUCUAUGCUUUCUCUCAACAUACAGAGCUUUCAGUUUCGUUCAUGGAACACUUGAUAUCUGUUCUCAAUCGUAGUUCUUUAGUUAAAGCUGAUUCACAUAAGGAUUCACAUAAGGGAGAUAAUACAAGCUCUUCUUCUGAAACACAUGUAGAAGAUGAGUUACUUCAAGCUGCCAUUUUUGCUCUCACUGCUUUUUUUAGAGGUGGCGGAAAAACUGGAAAGAAAGCUGUUGAGAAAAGCUACUCUUCUGUCGUUGGAGCACUUACUCUUCAACUCGGAAGCUGCCAUGGACUUGCAAGCACUGGUCAGCAAGAUCCAUUACGGGUACUUCUGACUUCCUUCCAGGCUUUCUGUGAGUGUGUUGGUGAUUUAGAGAUGGGCAAGAUUUUGGCUCGUAAUGGAGAGCAAAGAGAAAAAGAAAAGUGGGUUGAUCUUAUUGGCGAUAUUGCUGGAUGCAUUUCAAUUAAGAGACCAAAGGAGGUUCAACAUAUUUGCAUAAUUUUAACGAAAGCACUAAACCGUCCACAAAGAUUCCAAAGGGAAGCUGCUGCCGCUGCAUUGUCAGAGUUCAUACGCUACAGUGGUGAUUUUAGUUCUGUGAUGGAGGAGAUGGUCGAAGCACUCUGCCGACAUGUGUCAGAUGAUUCUCCGACUGUAAGGCGCCUUUGUCUGAGAGGAUUAGUGCAGAUGCCAUCUGCUUGUAUGAACCACUACACAACUCAAGUUAUUGGUGUAAUAUUAGCGUUGCUAGAUGAUUUGGAUGAAUCAGUCCAACUAACUGCUGUGUCAUGCUUAUUGAUGGUCACGGAGUCAGCAUCUAAUGAUGCUGUUGAACCUAUCUUGUUGAAUUUAUCUGUUCGGCUUCGUAACCUUCAGAUUAGCAUGGACCCGAAGAUGAGAGCCAACGCAUUUGCAGCUUUUGGAGCGUUAAGUAAAUAUGCUACUGGAGGGCAACGGGAGGGAUUUGUUGAGCAGAUUCAUUCCACACUUCCCCGCUUGGUAGUACACCUCCAUGACGACGACCCUAGCAUUAGGCAGGCUUGUCGGGUAACCCUCAAGCAGUUUGCUCCACUCAUGGACAUACAAAAUGAUUCUACUCUGUUUGAUUCACGUGCUUUUGGUUCUGACCAUAGAAAUGACUAUGAAAACUUCGUAAGGGAACUCUCUAGGCACUUGGUUCAUGAGUCGGAAAGAGUUGACACUUACAUGGCCUCAACCAUCCAGGCUUUUGAUGCACCUUGGCCAGUAAUUCAAGCAAACGCAAUACACUUCUCCACCACCAUGUUAUCACUUUCAGAGGAUCAGCAUAUGUUCUUUCACUACUAUCCACAGGUGUUUGAAACGCUGGUUAACAAGAUGACCCGGUCACAAGAUUCAGUUGUGAGAGCGGCAUGCUCAUCAGCCUUUGGGUUGCUGCUAAGAUCAACCAAGUCAACAUUGUGGAGAGGAGCUCGACUUGAUCGGACCGACUCAGGUAGAAAAUCCAAUGAUCCCGAGUCUGCUAAGAAGUAACAUCUGCGGUGUGUGAGAAUCAACCAGUUGCUGCCAAAAUCUGGGGGUUUGCGAGAUAGAUCGAUCGGUACAGUGUGCAACGUGAAACCCGUCCAGGUGUGUGUGUCGUAGUGUGUUCGUUGUAAAGUGUUUUAUGUUUUCUUGUAAAAAAGUGACUAGUGUGGUCAUCUCCAUUACGGAACUCAUGAAAGAAACAUUCACACGAAGUGUUGUAGGCUCUGGAUCUCGGUUCCACUUUUGUUGAUUGUGAUUUUUGAGGCUUCUGGUAGAUAUUAGCUGUUGUGAAAGUGUCAUUGUAUUGUUUUUUUUUAAUUCUAUGUGGGGAGUUUAAUUGAUC